GUUGUCGAAAAACAAGGUCAACUGGGCGGAAUGGUCAACAGCUGGACGAAUCCCGCCACUAAUACCACUUACGACUACGGCGUAGCGGCAUACACCAACUACACCGGCACGACCGCGUUCUUCGACCGGCUCGGCAUCGACUACGUGGAGCCCGACCUGGGCAGCACCACCCUGACCACUACCUACGCAGACUUCACCACUGGCAAGCCCGUGAAUUACCUUGCUCCCAACAUCACCGACGAGUUCGCCGCCCUGGAAACAUUCUACAAUGUCUCCAGUCAAUACCAGGAUCUCUUCCUCCCAUCCUACGCCAAGUGGCCCGCGCCCGAAGAUAUCCCUGAGGACCUACUAGUGCCCUUCCGCGACUUCGCCGCCAAGUACAACCUAAACGCGACCAUCUUCCUCAUCUGGUCCGGCAUCGGCGCCGGUCUAGCCGACAUGCUCGACGCACCCACCCUCUACCAAAUGCAGACCUUCGGGCCCCAAACCGCUGCCGCCUUUCUAGGUCAGGACCCGGAGUAUGUCCCCGCCUCCCACCGCAACCAGGACAUCUACGACGCGGUCGCGGACAUCCUGGGCGAUUCCGUCCUGCUGAAUAGCACGGUGAUCGAUUCCAUCCGGUACCCCGACAACCGGGGCGUUGAGCUGGUCGUGCAGAACCACAGCACCCAAUCCCACACUAUCAUCCGCGCCAGACGCCUCGUAAUGGCCAUCGAGCCGACAGCCGCCAACACCGCCCCCUUCGAUCUGGACACCACCGAGAAGAGCAUUUUCGACCAAGGAAAAUGGAGCGUCGUCCACACAGGAAUUAUCUCCCACCCCGCACUACCAGUCAACGGCGUCAUCUACAACCUCCCCGCCACAGCGAUCGAUGGCAACGACUACGCGCUGCCUGAGCCGCCCUUCGUCGAUUACUUCGAGUACCUCGGCGAAAACCUCUGGCAAGUCAUCGUCGUCGGCUGGCUGGGAUUCAGCGAGACCGCCGCGCAGGCCCUCGCUAACGAAGGGAUCCGCCGUCUAAUCGCCGCGGGGACGCUUUCCGCUUCAGUCUCCAACGGGACUACCAUAAAAGUCCAUGCGUGGUCGAACCACGGGGCGAUGGAUAUGCGGACCACCGCCGAGAACCUGAGGGACGGGUUCAUCCAGCGGCAGUAUGCGCUGCAGGGCCAUCGGUCGACGUACUGGACGGGCGCGGCGUUCGGGAACCAGCUGUCGAAUUAUCUGUGGGCGUAUAAUUUGGAGUAUCUGGUGCCGUUGGUGCGGGGGAGUUUGGCGUGAGUGGCUGGGGAGUGCAGGGAAGUUAAGGGUGGGUUAGAAGUAAGUUAUGGGGUUAGGGUUACGGGAGUGUUUCAGUGAUCGGAUUCAGGCGGAAGAAAUAAGGUUUGCGUGAAAUGGACUGCUCAAGUCAAUGCACACCCGUCCAUCUCUUAGGGCAUGAGGUCUGAGCAUAAAUAAGUUUAGUAGCUUCGUCCAAGCUUGAGACAUGGGUGACACUCGGCUGUUGUCUCUGGAACUGUG